CAUACCAUAGAGUAACUGAAAAUGAAACUUUGCAGGGACAUUUCCUUGUGUGGCAGCUGCAUGGAUGUGGGAGCUGAACUUGUUCAUUUUGAGCUAUGCUCUGGAAAGGUGCUUCUUCAUGUCUGGUUCACUCUGCCAGGGUCGUAAUAGCCAGGAAUAUGCAUAUAGCUGUGAUAGGAGCUGGAGUGAUAGGACUCUCCACAGCCCUAUGUAUUCAUGACCAGUACCAACAUUCAGUACAUCCUCUCAAGAUUGAGGUGUAUGCAGACAAGUUGACCCCACUCACCACAAGUGAUGGAGCAGCGGGCCUGUGGCAGCCAUAUCUAUAUGACAAUGGAAACAAGCAGGAAACUCAAUGGAGCAAGGAAACUUUUGACUAUCUUCUAAAAUCUGUACAGUCUGCGGAAGCCCAGGACAUGGGCAUAUUUCUACAGUCUGGAUACAAUUUGCUGAAAGAACCUGCACCUGAACCUUCAUGGAAAGAUGAUGUCCUUGGGUUUCGACGCCUUACACCAAGAGAGUUGGAAUUAUUUCCUGGAUAUAGCUAUGGGUGGUUCAACACUGCACUGAUGAUUGAGGGGAAGAGCUACUUACCAUGGCUCACCAAGAAACUGGAAGAGCGAGGAGUCAAGUUUAUCCAAAAGACAGUGAAAAGCUUUGGUGAGCUGGCUGCUCUAGGGGCAGAUGUCAUCAUUAACUGCAGCGGCGUACGUUCAGGACAGCUGCAACCGGAUCCAGAAUUAAAACCAGGAAGAGGACAGAUCCUGAAGGUGGUUGCUCCCUGGAUGAAACAUUUUAUACUGACCCAUGAUUUGAGGACUGGAGUAUAUACCACACCUUAUAUAAUUCCAGGGUCUCAGAUGGUGACAUUAGGAGGCAUUUAUCAGUUGGGAAACUGGAGUGAAUGAAGAAGUGUCCAGGAUCAUAACUGGAUUUGGGAAGAAUGCUGUAAACUGGUACCUAGCCUAAAGAAUGCGAAGAUUGUGCAUGACUGGGCAGGACUGAGACCAGCACGGAGCAAAGUAAGGUUGGAGAGAGAGCCUUUGGUGUGUGGAUCUCUGAAGAGUGAUAUCAUACACAACUAUGGCCACGGUGGCUUCGGCCUCACUAUCCAUUGGGGGUGUGCUAUGGAAGCAGCCAAACUUUUUGGGCAAAUCGUUAAAGAAAAGCAAAAAAGAACACCUAAAUCCUCUCUGUGAUCAUGAUCAGUGUGACCAGUUCCGCAAUGCCUCAUGCGAUCUGUGAUAACACCAAUGAGCUGUAUUAAUUGCUGGCCGAAAAUUGUCACUUUGUCAUUCAGGUAGCACUCCAGAUACAGAAACAUCUACUUCUGACUGGGGGAAAGUAUUUGAUGGCAUGUGUCUCCCCUCAUUCAUAGAUGAAAAUGAAAAACAUUUGAAAGACCCACUAGUGAUCUCACAUAAUUAGAAAUAUCCAGCUAAAGAAUAUUUGCAUCCAGCAUGUCAUCGUGUUCACUGUAACAUCCUGUAUUUGAUUAUACUGGAAGAUCUGAUUUCUUUCCUCUUUAUAUUACGAUCCUUGGGCAAAACCCAUUCUGUUGACUUGG